GUGGAGAAAUUCGGAAAAAAUCAAAUUUUGCAACAAAAUUAUCGUCAAAAAGUGCUAAAAAUGUGUCUAAGAGAAACUUUAUAACGGACUUGCCGAUAAUUUCAUGAAAUUUACGUGAAAAAGUAUCGGAAAAUAUGUGAAAAGACAAGAACUGUGAGACGAAAAAAAAAAUUUUUUUUUCUACUGCAGCCACACACAAACCAGGCACACACCCAAUUUCAUGUUGGAGCUCUAUCAGUAGAAAAUUUCUGAAAAAAUUCUAAUUAAUGGACUUUUAGAGACUUUUCCUCGAAUGACAUCCGGGCUUUUUUAUGAGCAAAUGUGAAAAAUUAACGAAAAAUUGCAGAAAAUCCUGUUAAAAAUGACUAAAAUAAAGCAAGGGUAUAAGAGAAGAUAUCUUUGAACGUCACCGACACACAAAUAAAAACUUAAAAUCCUCAAGAAGGAUUUAGUGAAACUUGUUACAAGAACAACAAUCGGUUGACAACUACAAGAAUUUAACAAAAAAAAAAACUUGAAAAUUAUUUUUUACAAAAAAAAAAUCCUUUUUUCCAAUCAAUCACAAAAAAAUAAUUAAAAAGGCAAAAAUGAAAUAAAGUGCUCAAUGUUGUGUUCUGAACCGAAAAACAGUCACAAAACAGUUAAAAUUUCAACUUUUUGUUAAGUUUUUCACGUAAUUUUAAGAUACGAAAAAAAAAUCCAGUCACCAUAAAAAUUGUUGAAUAAUUACAAAAAAAAACUCUGAAUUGCCUGAAAUCUGGAUUAAAUUGGACCAUGUUUGUACGUUGGACGGCGCUUUUGGCAAUUUUAGGAGCGGCUGUCUGCGAUGAUACCACAACAUGGCCAAACAGUUAUCACGGCACUUCACUGAGCAAAAAUCCCGAAAAGAAGCCAGCUGUCGAUUUUCCGCUGCCCAAUAAGCAGCAUGGCUUAAAUCCGCCCGACGCGAGUGUCUACACGCCAUCGCGCAAAAAGCCGCAACGCCGUCUCGAUCAACUGCCCAGCAAACUGAAGGGCAACAACGAGACAAAAACGCAGCAACCGCAUCUCGCAAUGGGCGUCGUAAAAACCCACACGGACGGCAAACCGGGUCACUCGCCACCCUAUCGUUCCAAAGAAACGGAUUACUCGUCGAUCACUGCGCGUCUUCCGGGUCCCAGUAUCAAAGCGAAUCCCUAUGCCUUCCCGUCGAUGGGCGGUCUACCCGGCAGAGGUGACGGCACCAGCAUCAACGGGCCUCGUGGUGGCGUUCGGCAAGAUUCCUACGGCUACGAUCGUUACCGCAAUCCGGUGAAAAGCGGCAAAGAACACGUUUUUGUGCCGCCCCAAGAGAUUUUCGAGCAGGAAGAGGAUCUCAUCAAAGAUACGCAUGGACAGCAAAGUUGCGACAUCAAAUGCGAGGAAUGGGAGUUUACGUGCAUCCAAAGUUGCAUGUGUUUGCACAAGGAUUUGCGAUGUGAUGGGAAUAUCAAUUGCAGUCCGUAUGCGGAAGAUGAGAAGGAUUGCGCCGAAUUGAACGAGGAGAUUAUGAAAAAUCUGAAAAACGAUUGUGAGAAGUCGGGCGAACGAAUUUUGUGUCCAAACACGUUCAUUUGCAUCAGCAACUCGUGGUUGUGUGACGGCGACGACGACUGUCUGGACUUUUCCGAUGAAACGCACUGCGGCGGACACCAAAACUGCUCGAAGGAUCAAUUUGAGUGUCAAAACGGCUUGUGCAUUCCCAAUGAAUGGGUUUGCGAUUCCGACAACGACUGCAAAGAUAACUCGGAUGAACUCAACUGUACCAGAAAAUGUCUUCCGGGAGAAUUCCAAUGUGGCGAUGGAAGUUGCAUUUCUGGCAUGUUCCAUUGUGACGGCGAAGUCGAUUGUGAAGACGAGACCGACGAAAGUACUUGUGACACGCCAAUGCCAAACUGUCCCGAAGGCGAAUUCAAAUGUCGCGGCUCACUAGGCGGCAUGGGAGGUCCAGGAGGACGUUGUGUUCUUUUGCGAUAUCGGUGCGAUGGCGAUAACGAUUGCGGUGAUUGGUCUGACGAAGAAAACUGCCCUAAAAAGCAAUCUAGUUGUACUGCCACUGAAUUCCGGUGCAAUGACGGCACUUGUAUCUCGAAUCGUUGGCGAUGUGAUUUGGAGCAAGAUUGUGACUCGGGAGAAGAUGAAAAGGGAUGCACGAAUGUUGGAAAUGAAGUUCGCACAUGUACUUCGGAAGAAUUUACGUGCCAAGACAAUCGCUGCAUCCUAAAGUCGUGGAUUUGUGACGGCAUUCCAGAUUGCAAGCGUGGCGAAGAUGAAAUCGAUUGUAAGCCUAAUUGUGAAGUUGGGCAGCUUGCGUGUCCUCCAAUUAGGGCAAAUGUUUCCAAUCAACGCAUCUGCAUCAGUCAGAAACACAUUUGCGACGGGCACGUUGACUGUCCAACAGGUGCCGACGAAGAAGAAUGUCCCAUUCAGCAUCCGUGUGGCGCAAAAGACAUGUGCGAGCAAUAUUGCAUCACAGAUUUCAAGGCGCGCGAAGCAUGUGCUUGCAAAGUUGGCUUUGUUCUUCACGAAAACGGCAUAAAUUGUACCGACAUCGACGAAUGCCAAUUUACGAACCAUCCGGUGUGUUCGCAAACUUGCACCAACACUUAUGGCAGUUUUAUUUGCGGAUGUCUUCCGGGCUAUGUGCUGCGACCUGAUCUCCGAACUUGCAAGGCGAUGGGAGGUGCUGUUAACCUGAUAAUGGCAAAUCGAGCAGAUAUUCGACAAGUUUCGCUCAACAACAACAAGUACAUUUCCCUUAUCAAAGGUUUACCGAACGCCAUUUCCGUGGAUUAUCAUUACAAGAAGAAUUUGCUGUUUUGGAGCGAUGUGUCGACAGAUGUCAUUAAGCGAGCAUACAUCAAUGGCACCAUGAUACGUGACGUCAUUAAGUGGGGUCUUGAGUCUCCAGGCGGCAUUGCGGUUGAUUGGGUGCACGAUUUGCUCUUUUGGACGGAUUCGGGUACGAGACGCAUCGAAGUUUCCAAUUUCGAUGGUACUUUAAGAGCUGUUGUCGCCGCCAAUGAUCUCGAUAAGCCACGAGCGAUUGUCGUGCAUCCGGGCGAAGCAUUGGUUUUCUUCAGCGACUGGGGUCCAAAUGCGAAAAUUGAACGAGCGUAUAUGGAUGGCUCGGAACGACGUGCAAUCGUGACCGAAGGUAUUUUUUGGCCUAAUGGCUUGGCGAUGGAUUAUACGGCAAAUCGCUUGUAUUGGGUCGACGCGAAACAUCACGUGAUUGAAAGUGCCGCAAUCGAUGGAGGUGAUCGUCGUAAAAUUGUCAGCAGUAAUUUGCCACAUCCCUUCGCCCUGACACUGUUCGAGGACUCGAUUUUUUGGACCGAUUGGACAACAAAAAGUAUUUCGACGGCAAGUAAAUUGAAUGGCAAGGGUUAUCGACAUAUUCAUGACGAACUGCAUUUCCCCAUGGACAUUCAUGCGUAUCAUCCGACGCGCCAACCGAGUUAUCAAUCCAAAUGUUCGUUGGAUCGUCGUGGAAAUCGAGGCGGUUGUUCGCAUUUGUGUCUUCCGAACAAACGAAGUAGACGAUGUGCAUGCCCAAUUGGUCUCACACUGAUGGACGACGAGAAAACUUGCAAUUCUGAACCAGAUAAACUCUUAUUGGUAGCUCGCAAAAAGGACAUUCGCAUCCGACAACUAAAUUCGAAAGAUCCCUCAAAGGAUAUCGACAUGGUAAUCCCCCUCGACAACUUAAAAUCCGUCGUCGCUCUUGACUGGUGCAGCGAAACCAACUUUAUUUACUACACCGAUGUCGGUAGAAGUGUCAUUGGUCGCGCUUAUCUCAACGGAAGUAACCAAGAAACAGUCAUCGCAUCAAAUUUAAUUUCUCCUGCCGGUCUCGCUCUCGACUGGGUCACCCAAAAACUCUAUUUUUCCGAUGCCGGCACGAAUCGCAUUGAAGUUGUCUCUACGGAUGGACGUCAAAGAGCUCUUUUAAUCGGAAAAAACCUCGAUAAACCUCGUGAUAUCGUCGUUAGUCCCUUGGAUGGCUUAAUGUUCUUCUCGGACUGGGGUCAACCACCUUCCAUCGAAAAAGCGGGCAUGGAUGGCAAACAACGCGUCGCAAUUGUCUCGGAAAAUCUGCGAUGGCCUAAUGGACUCGCCCUGGAUCGCGAUAAUUUCCGCUUGUACUUCGUAGAUGCAGGCACCAAAACGCUGGAAUACGUCAAUUUUGAUGGUACCGGCAGAAAUCGCUUAAUAGCAGACGGUUUGCAACACCCCUUUGGCAUUGACGUGCACGAAGGUCGUAUUUAUUACACGGAUUGGGAAACGCAAAGUGUCCAAUAUGCCGACGAUAUGUCAGGAAAUACGAAAUUCACGCAACAUGCGACUAAAUCACGUCGAACAAUCAUCAGCAACACUUCAGAUUUGAUGGAUGUGCGAGUUUUUCACCGCAAUCGGAAGGAUAUUCGUAAUCCCUGCUCCAACGGAAAUGGAGAUUGCUCAAAUUUGUGUCUCCUUAAGCCGAAUGGGUAUUCCUGCGCGUGUCCCAUCGGGAUUUUAUUGAAGGCUGAUAAGAGAACGUGCGAAAGUGGGCCCAAAAAUUACGUGAUAAUGGCACAUCGGCUCGAUAUUCGACAAAUUUCGCUGGAUAUUGAUCAGUUAAUUGACGUUGUGUUGCCAUUGCCACCCAUAACGAACGUCGUGGCACUGGAUAUUGACACGAAAAACGGGGAUAUUUAUUAUUCCGACACCGAGGAAAAGGUUAUUAUGAGGUCUUCGGGUGACGGAAGGCAAGUGCGACAAGUCACAAGUGAGAGCAUGGAUACCGUGGAUGGUCUCGUGAUCGAUUCCGUAGGGCGAAAAAUUUAUUGGGCCGAUAGUGGAAGGAAAUCCAUCGAAGUUUCCGAGUUGGAUGGCACCAAUCGUGCCGUGCUGCUAUACGAAAAUAUCGAUUCUGUACGUGGAUUGGCAAUUGACUACGAAUUUGGGUAUUUAUUCUUCGCGGAUUGGGGUGCGAAUCCACGGAUCGAACGUGCCGACAUGGAUGGCGAGAACCGGCAAAAGAUCGUGACUGCGGAUUUGCAAUGGCCUAAUUGCUUGAGUGUAGAUCGCAUCGAAAAACGACUUUAUUGGACGGAUGCCAAGAUGAAUCACAUUAUGUCGUGCGAUUUUGAAGGUGAUAAGCGACGAACGAUAGUGAAGAAUUUGGAACAUCCUUAUGGAAUUUCCGUGGGAAGUCGUCAAAUCUUCUUCACGGACUGGAAAACAGCCGCUUUGCAUUACAUCGAUAAGACGCAGGAAAAUGCCAAAGUUCAAACUAUCACGAAAGAGCUCGAAGGACUGAUGGAUGUCAAAGUUAUUGAGGCAGACGAACCCAAAUUCACGGAUAUUUGUACGAGUCGCAAGCAAAUUAACGGCGGUUGUUCCCAUCUUUGCUUGCGAAAACCAAAUUCCUAUUCGUGUAAAUGUCCCACGGGAAUUCGUUUUAAAGAGGGCAGCAUGCACGAAUGUGAGGAUUUACCAAAAUCUUAUUUGCUUGUAGCUCUUCGAUCCGGAAUUGGUCGCAUCUCACUUGACACCCCUGAAAGAUUUGACGUCGUUCUACCCAUUGACGGAGUUCAUGGAGCAGUUGUGCUCGAUUUCCACUACCGAAAAUCCCUGAUUUUCUAUGCAGAUGUCAAUAUCGAUGCCAUUCGCAGUGUCAACAUGUUGGACAAUCGCGAAACAAAACCCCUCAUCACCACAGGCCUCAAUACUCCAAAUGGCCUGGCUGUCGAUUGGAUCGCCGAUAACAUUUAUUUUAGCGAUAGUGCGCACAAAGUCAUCGAAGUUGCUCGUUUGGAUGGCAGUUCGCGCAAAACUUUGCUCAAGGAGAACAUUCACGAUCCACGUGCGAUGAUUCUUUAUCCGAAAAAGGCCUUUUUGUUCUGGGCUGAUUGGGCGACGCACACCAUUGAGCGAUGCCUCUUCGACGGAAGUGAGCGGAAAACGAUUAUCGAUAUCGUUGAUAGUGGUUUGCCAUCGGGACUUGCGAUUGAUUUCGAAACGAGACGUCUUUUCUGGGCAGAUGCGUUGCAUGAUCGCAUCGAAAGUGCCAAUUUUGACGGCAAAAAGAGGACUCAAGUCGUUUCGCAGGCUCAACAUCCCUAUGGCAUCACGAUUUUCGGCUCGAACGUUUAUUACACCGACUGGUACAACAAAUCCGUGUUGAGUUCCGCGAAGCAGGGCGGCACGAACGAGCUAAGUCACGAAAUACGGCACAAUCUGAGAGGAGCAAUGGACAUCAGAGCUGUUACGAAGGAACGACAACCAACGACAGACAGCGAUUUGAAUCCUUGUUCGAAGCAAAAUGGAGAUUGCAAGCAUUUGUGUUUGUAUGCCGUGAAAUCGUACACUUGUGCGUGUCCAGAUCGUGAGGAUUACACGCGCCCCUGCAGACAAAAGAAAAUUCCAAUUACGGUGGAAGUGGACAAUGAUCCGGCGGAGGAUAGUGGCGAUGUGAGGGAAAGAUUCGGAAAUAACAAGCGGAAUGGACAGAAUUAUCAGCCGGAUGAUCGAUUGGCGAAAAUUGUUGUUCUUGUUACCACAAUUUUAGUGGUCAUUUUCAUAUUGGUGGUAGUGGCGAUUAUAUUCCUCUUAUGCAAACCACGACGUGGAAAACGAGAAACGACUUCGCAUGGUGCCGUCAUCACCUACAACAAUCCAAACUAUAACGGCGUUGAUCCCUUAGGCAAUCACAGCGAAGGACAUUCCAGUUCGCGAAAUAUCGCAAAGAGACUAAAAUAUGAUAAAGCACAGGAUCGCGUCUACGAAGUCAAAUGUCGCUCUGGCGUGUCAGAUACCGCGACAACUAUUCUCAUGUCGGGCACGUCAUCGCCAUCGUCCUCAGCUAUCGUACCACUCUCCACAAUCGGUUAAACUUCAAAUUUAUUUUCAACGUUAAAAGACUGCGGUCCGAUUUUGAGUUACAUUAAAUACUGAAUCUCAAAAAUUUUUAAGAGGUUGUAAACUUCCUACACAAUAGAUGGUCAGUCCUUUAUAAAAAAAAAGCAAAACAAAUACGACUUAUAAAAAAAAUAUUUAGAAAGAAUAUUCUAGAAACAUAUCCGAAGUUUUGAACGACAAACAAAAAUUAACGAAACAAUUUCAAAAGAACGGAAGUAGCAAUAGUUGCUCUACAAACAAAGAAUAUGUAAAUAUAAAAAUUGUAUUUUUGUUACUUUUUGUCCCGAAAAUUUCUU